AUGGGACAACUUCCUUCACAGGACAUCAUGGCAUUGCUUGAGUUCAAGAAAGGGAUCAAACAUGACCCUACAGGUUUUGUUCUCAACUCAUGGAACGAUGAGUCCAUAGACUUCAAUGGCUGCCCUUCUUCCUGGAACGGUGUUGUCUGCAACGGUGGUAACGUGGCUGGUGUGGUUUUAGACAAUUUGGGUUUGUCUGCAGAUGUUGAUUUGAGUUUGUUCUCCAACUUGACAAUGCUUGUCAAACUAUCUAUGGCUAACAACUCCAUCUCUGGUGUCUUACCAAGUAGUUUAAGCAGUUUCAAAAGCCUCCAGUACCUGGAUUUGUCUGAUAACCUCUUCUCUUCUUCAUUGCCUAAAGAGUUCGGUAGAGCAGUGAGCUUGAAGAAUCUUUCUAUAGCUGGUAACAACUUCUCUUCUUCAUUUCCUAAAGAGAUUGGUAGAUCAUUGAGCUUGAAGAAUCUUUCUUUAGCUGGUAACAACUUCUCUGGUGAGGUUCCAGAGUCUAUAGGAGGUUUGAUUUCUCUUCAGUCUUUGGAUAUGAGCCGCAACUCCUUAUCUGGACCUUUGCCAAAGUCCUUGACAAGGCUUAACGAGCUGCUGUACUUGAAUCUUUCUUCUAAUGGAUUCACAGGGAAAAUCCCAAGGGGCUUUGAGUUACUUUCGAGUCUUCAAGUGCUUGACUUGCAUGGUAACUCAUUUGAUGGUAAUCUUGACGGCGAGUUUUUCAUUUUAACAAAUGCGAGCUAUGUCGAUCUCAGUGGGAAUAGAUUAGUGACAACGUCUGGAAAGCUCUUACCUGGUGUAUCUGAGAGCAUCAAGCACUUAAACCUCAGCAACAAUCAGCUUGAAGGUUCAUUGACUAGUGGGUUUCAGCUGUUUCAGAACUUGAAAGUCUUGGAUCUUAGCUACAACCAGUUAUCCGGAGAGUUACCAGGUUUCAACUAUGCAUAUGACCUUCAAGUACUCAAGCUCAGCAACAAUAAAAUCUCUGGUUCACUUCCCAAUAACCUAUUAAAAAGUGACUCCUUGCUUUUGACUACACUGGAUUUAAGUGGCAACAAUCUCUCAGGGCCAAUAAGUGAUAUCAUGUCAACAACUCUACACAGCCUUGAUCUUUCUUCAAACUCACUGACCGGAGAGCUUCCUCUCUUGACCGGGAGCUGCGUCUUACUUGAUCUCUCAAACAACCAGUUUGAAGGUAAUCUGACAAGAUGGUCAAAAUGGGAGAAUGUGGAGUAUCUUGAUCUCAGCCAGAACCGUUUCACUGGGUUGUUCCCAGAUGUAUCUCCUCAGCUUCUGCGUGCUAAUCAUCUUAAUCUCUCUUACAAUAAGCUCACAGGCUCACUUCCAGAACGGAUUCCUACUCUGUAUCCGAAACUUCGGGUUCUUGAUAUAAGUUCUAACAGCUUGGAUGGGCCAUUACCAAGUGGGCUACUAUCCAUGCCCACUUUGGAGGACAUACACCUUCAAUACAAUGGCAUGACAGGUAACAUUGGACCCAUGCCUUCUUCUGGUUCCAGAAUCCGUGUUCUUGAUCUUUCUCACAACCGGUUUGAUGGCGAUCUUCCUGGUUUACUCGGGUCCUUGACCAGUCUCCAAGUGCUGAAUCUCGCAGCUAAUAAUUUGUCUGGAACUUUGCCUGACUCCAUGAAUGAAAUGGUCUCUUUAAGCUCAUUAGACGUGUCUCAGAAUGAUUUCACUGGACCACUCCCAAGCAACUUAUCUGCCAGCCUUGUGGCGUUUAAUGUGUCAUACAAUGAUCUAUCAGGUACUGUGCCAGAGAAUCUGAAGAACUUCCCACCGCCUUCCUUUUAUCCUGGAAACACCAAGCUCCUCUUACCUGCUGGAUCCCCUGGAUCAGAAGUUUCCAAGAGGAAACCAAGGAACUUACUUAUUAAGGUUGUCAUAAUAGUUUCCUGCGUCAUCGCUCUAAUAAUACUCAGCCUUGUGGCUAUUCUCCUAUUCUGCAUCUGCAAAUCAAGAAGGAAGGAAGAGCGUAGUCUCACAGGUAAAGAUAUAAACAAGCGGGCUCAAACAAUCCCCUCAGGCAGUGGAGGUGGUAUGGUUGUCUCUGCUGAGGAUCUCCUUGCUUCAAGAAAAGUCUCGUCUUCUGAAAUCCUCAGUCCAGACGAGAAACUAACUGUUGCAACUGGUGUCUCUCCUUCCAAAACCAGUAAUCUAUCUUGGUCUCCUAGCUCAGGAGAUUCACUCCCACCUGAUCAGCAGCUAGCUCGGCUUGAUGUUAGGUCACCAGAUAGACUUGUGGGAGAGCUGCAGUUUCUGGAUGAUUCGAUCAAGCUGACUCCAGAGGAAUUGUCAAGGGCACCAGCUGAAGUUCUAGGUAGAAGUAGCCACGGGACUUCUUACAAGGCAACGCUUGAUAACGGAGUGUUUUUAACAGUGAAGUGGCUAAGAGAAGGCGUGGCAAAGCAGAGAAAAGAGUUUGCUAAAGAAGUUAAGAAGUUUGCUAACAUUAGGCAUCCUAAUGUUGUGACUCUCCGAGGAUACUACUGGGGUCCUACGCAACAUGAAAAGCUUAUUCUCUCAGAUUAUAUAUCGCCUGGAAGCCUCGCUAGCUUCCUCUACGAUCGACCUGGCAGGAAAGGCCCUCCUUUAUCUUGGCUCCAACGUUUGAAAAUCGCAGUUGAUGUAGCACGUGGUCUAAACUACCUACAUUUCGACAGAGCCGUACCACACGGUAACCUCAAGGCAACAAACAUUCUCUUAGAUGGAGCAGAGCUAAACGCACGUGUAGCAGAUUACUGCCUCCACCGUCUCAUGACACAAGCAGGCACAGUUGAACAGAUUCUAGACGCAGGCAUCUUAGGUUACCGAGCUCCUGAGCUAGCAGCCUCAAGGAAGCCGUUACCUUCUUUCAAAUCAGAUGUGUAUGCGUUCGGUGUGAUAGUUCUUGAGAUCUUAACGGGGAGAUGUGCAGGAGAUGUGAUCACAGGUGAGCAAGAAGGUGUUGAUCUAACGGAUUGGGUUAGGUUACGUGUUUCUGAAGGAAGAGGUACGGAGUGCUUUGACUCGGUGUUGACUCAGGAGAUGGGAAGUGAUACGGUUAUGGAGAAAGGUAUGAAAGAAGUUCUUGGGAUUGCAUUGAGGUGUAUAAGAUCGGUUUCUGAGAGACCUGGUAUCAAGACCAUUUAUGAAGACCUUUCUUCCAUUUAGGAACAAUGUUUUUUUUUGUUGAAGUUCAUAGCUUUUGUUUCUGGAAAAAAGCAUGUUCUUGAGACAAGUUAGUGUGUUGAUGUGUUUUUAGGUAAACUUUUUGUGAUCAUUUUCCCUGUAAAAAUCUGCUCAUGUCUCAUGAGUGAUUGAAAU